AUGGCAUCUCCAUCAACUGUUGAUAAUAGUACAUAUAUGAAAACAGUUCCAAAAGACGGAGUCUCUUUGGAAGGCGGCAUCGUGAGCGUGAGUGCGGACGGCAACACCACCACCAGCACGCUGGUGUUCACCCCUAGUUCUGCAGACCACGGCCUAAUUCUGACGUGCAAAGCAUCGAACCAACGCAUCCCGUUCAGCGAGCAGCAGAGCACCUGGAUGCUGCGGGUCCUCUACCCGCCCAAAGUCACGCUCUCCUUGGGACAUGGCCUCGAUGCCCAGGACAUCAAGGAAGGCGCCGACGUCUAUUUCGAGUGUCAUUUGAUUGCCAAUCCAUGGCUGAUUCAUUUCUGA